AUGGCAGGUGGCGCUGUCAUCUCGAUCUCCAGCUGCAUCAGCGCCUCGCAGAAGGCUGGCCGCUGGCUGCUGGCCUUGGAACUGCUGCAGCUGGCGGAGCUGCUGGACAUUGACGGCAACCUGGUGACCUUCAACGCUGCCAUGGCGGCCUCGGCGCAGAGCCUUCGCUGGCGCCACGCGAUGAGUUUGAUGCGGCGCGCCAGCAGUGCUCUGCUGGAGGCGGAUAUGAUCACCCUGACGUUGAUGACAGGCGUUUUCGAUGCCAUUGAGUGCGGCACAGCACUGCGGGAGACACUCUUGCAGGCCAUAAUGCAGCUAUGCAAGACGUCCGGGCUGGUCUGUUGUGAUGCCAUCAACGAAUGCCGCAGAACGGUGCAGUGGCAAGGGGCGGUGGCUUGGCUCACAUGGCAGGGAUCUAAGGAGCUGCGGCCGAACAUCGUGGUUCAUGGGGCCGUGACCAGUGCGUGUGAGAAGUCCAGCCAGUGGCUUGAAGCCGCCCAGCAGUUGGCGACCGUGGUGAAAGUGGGACUGCGGAGGGAUGUGGUGCUGCAGAACAAUGUGAUGAAUGCUGGCCAGAAAGGCACGGCAUGGCCCAGCUCUCUUGCAACCUUGGGCACUCUGCCCAUCACCUCUUUGGAGCCCACUGUCAUAACCGUGAGCACUGGAAUUGCUGCUUUGGCGCGCUCUUCCUGGCGCGGAGCCGUCCAGACUCUGGCGCUGCCGUGCAAUGAGGUGGCGUAUGGAGCAGCUCUCAGUGCAUGUGAGGCUAAAAGCCAGUGGCAAGAGGCUGCCACGUUAGUGAAAACUAUGGACCUGAGAGCGUUGCAGCCAAAUUUGAGCCUUGGCAGAUUCCUGGCGAGGCCGGUGGCCCCGGUGGCCCCGGUGGCCCCGGUGGCCCAUGGCACCUGGCAGUGCUCGCCUUGCACAAUGCCUGCGAGGACGACAGGGGAGCCCUUCAUGGGAUGUUUCAAGUUUAGCACGGCUGAAGCUUUGGACCUGUUGGCUCAGGCCCUGGGAGCCAGGCUAGUCUCAGAGGUGGGCUACAGCGCCGCUGCCAGCGCAUGUGAGAAGGGUGAACGAUGGAAGUGGGCACUGUGGCUGAUGACGGAAGCUCAGCAGUCCCAAAUGCAGCUGGACGUGAUUUUUUGCAGCACAGUGAUCAGUGCCUGCCAGAAAUGCGAGGAGUGGCCACGUGCUUUGAUGAUGUUCCACGAGUUUUCGUCCUUGCCAUGCGAUUUGGUGGCCUACAAUGCCGCCAUCGCCGCCUGCGAGACCGGCAACCAAUGGCCAGAAGCUUUUGGGCUGUUGCAGGAGAUUGAGACGCAGACCCUGCGACCGGACGUCAUCUCCCACUGCUCCGCGCUCGGCGGUGCCUGGCCCUGGGCCCUGGUGCGCCUGGAGCGCCUGGAGGCGACGCAGCCAGUGCUCAACGCGGUGGCGGGCUCCUGUGAGAAGGGGGGCGAAUGGCGAAUCGCAGUGCAGUUGUUGGAUCAAGGUGAGGACAUCAUCCGCUCCAACAUCGCCAUGGCCGCCUGGCAUCAGGCCGAGCGCUGGCCGAAGGUCCUGGAUUUGCUCGCGGAGCUGGAAGCAACGCUGGCACAACCCAACGUGAUAAGCUACAGUGUGGCCAUUGGUGCCUCUCAACUUGCGGGGCGCUGGCGCUGGUCCAUUGAGCUGUUGCGGAAGCUUCAUCUUGCGGGACAGGUGACUUAA